CGGGUACGGGGCCAUCGCAUCUGCUGUCGUGUAGGGACGGGACGACAGCAUAGGAAACCAUCAUCAUCGUCUCGUCUCGUCUCCCCUUCCGGAAAACGCCGAACCUGGGUGGGAUUUGGGGCGAACCCAAAUUGAGGGAAAAGCGUUUGGUCGCCUGCCAUGUAAUUUACUCUGGAAAAUGGGGAGAAAUGGAUGAUGGUGAUGGUGCUGCAUUGGCGAGGACCCGUGAAAAGCUGGCGGAGACUCGCUCUACGUCUCUCUGGGUGUGAUGGGCUCGAGUUUGAUUUCCACGAGGCACCCCGAAUGUCGAAACUUUACCUUUUGCCUCUCUCGCUCUGAGCCUCUGACGCUCGCUUGAGGACUUGUCUUAGCUGGAGAGGGAAGGGGGCUUGUGGCGGAUAAAUCUGAGCUCGACCCGCGAUUUCUCUCCUCUCUCUCUCUCUCGCUUGCUCGCUCGCUCGCUCGCUCCGUUUCAGAGUAGUCGCAAUGGCGGAAGCGAUUGUUUUUUCCGGCAAGGAUACAUUUAUCGUAAAGCCCCACAAGAAAUCUUCUCCUUUAUUGUAUAGGACCAUAGUAUUGUUAUUUGCGUGAUGUGUGGACUAUAUAUCUGCUCAAUUUGCAUCAGGCAGAUAAGCAAUCAGUCUAGUACUAGAUUUCAGAACAUCCAGAUUAUUGAGGAGCCCUGUUGCAAUGGCAAUAUGGAAAAAUUUGAUAACCCCUCAAUGCAUUACCCAAGACCUCAAACUUUUAGCAGGUUUGAGUGUUCACAUAAUCCAGUGCGAUUCUUCACGAUCAUAUCGAUGCAGAGAUCAGGGAGUGGAUGGUUUGAGACUCUUUUGAAUAGCCAUGUCAAUGUUAGUUCCAACGGGGAGAUAUUCUCUGUUUGGGAUAGGAGGAAAAAUAUUUCUUCCAUCUUACAAACGCUGGAUAGAGUCUACAACUUAGACUGGUUUAGCAGUGCUUCCAAGAAUGAGUGUUCUGCUGCAGUUGGCUUCAAAUGGAUGCUUAAUCAGGGAUUAAUGGAACACCACAACGAAAUUCUAGAGUAUUUGAAUCGUAGGGGUGUGUCUGUAGUAUUUCUCUUCAGAAGAAAUCUUCUACGUCGCAUGGUUUCGGUGCUUGCUAAUUCCUAUGAUCGGCACGCCAAAUUACUCAAUGGGACUCACAAGUCUCAUGUGCAUUCACCGGAAGAGGCUGAUACACUUUCAACCUACAAGCCGACAAUUAAUUCCACAUCAUUGAUAGAUGACCUGAAGGAAGUAGAGGCAACAGUUGCUAAAGCUUUAGCAUUUUAUAACACCACAAGACACAUCGUUCUGUAUUAUGAGGAUCUCAUAAAAGACCGAACUAAACUAAAAGAUGUUCAAGAAUUCCUUAAUCUGCCAGUAAUGGAACUCACGAGCCGUCAGGUUAAGAUACACAAAGGGCCGGUAUCUGACUUGAUUAGUAACUGGGACAAAGUCAACCGAGCACUCAGCGGAACGGUUUAUGAGAGCUUCAUCCAUGACGACUACUCCCAGGAAACUUCUAACUUAUAGGAUAGUGUGCUCUGUGUAGAUAUGCAGUCAAG